GACCAAACUCCACCAUCAGCCCCACCACCUGACUUGUCUCGAUCACCAAAACGCCGUGAUUGGCACCCAUUAUCUCAACAUUCUUUUGGUUUCAUCGCCGCCACUCUCACUCUCCUCCUCCUCCUCUGCCGGGAUCCAAAAUCCGUCACCGUAUUUCGAAGCUAUUACUCUUUAUAUAUACACAUAUAUCUUUAUCGGGAGUGUGGUGAGUGCAAUGGCGACGUCGUUUGGAGCAACAACACCAUCAUCAGCCCCUGUGGUUGACAAUGCCCGCAAAUCCACCUCUUAUUUACCGCUCUACCAUCGUCUUUUCUUCUGCCGCUCCCACUCAAAGGUGCCUAAGCUAUGUUUCUCCUCCCAGUCUACUCGGAACUCUUCUCUCAUAGUGAGAGCUCAAUCAAAUGAGGGUGUUGUGGGUGGAUCCUCAAAAGCUGCAGUAAAUACUCCUGUCAAAUCCGAGGUAUCAGUUGAGCCUUCACAUGCCACUGUGGCCUCAGAAGAAUUAAUAUCUGAGUUUAUUACUCAACUGGCAUGUCUUAUCAAGUUAGUUGAUUCUAAGGAUAUUGUGGAACUUGAGUUAAAACAACUUGACUUUGAACUUUCAAUACAUAAAAAGGAUGCCUUACCUCCACCGCCUUCUGCACAUGUUACAACGGUGCAGUCAUACUCUCAACCCGCGAUAUUGCCUCCAGUCCCAACACCUUCUACCGUAUUGACUCCAGCACCUUCUCCCGUUUCAACUGCAUCACCUUCUCCACCCAAAACGCAAAUAUCCAAGUCAUCUCAUCCACUACUCAAAUGCCCAAUGGCUGGGACAUUCUACCGAAGCCCAGCACCUGGUGAACCACCGCUGGUGAAGGUUGGAGACAAAGUACAGAAGGGGCAGGUUCUUUGCAUCAUCGAGGCCAUGAAAUUGAUGAAUGAAAUAGAAGCUGAUCAGUCAGGAACAAUAGUUGAGAUUCUCGUAGAAGAUGGCAAGCCUGUCAGUGUUGACACCCCUCUCUUUGCAAUCGAACCGUAGAGCCGAUGGAGUUAAAAAGGUAUUCGGGAGCAGGAGAGUGUGUUCUUUCAAUGAUUGUGCUGCAUUAUGUUAUUAUGUGCAAGUACUAUCUGUUUUGCAUGGAAGAGACUAGAGAUACAUUCUUCGUCAAAGCUGGAUUUUACCUGCUGAAACUAAUGUUAUUUAUGAGUUUAGAACAGUCUCUUUAGGUUAACGUUAUUUCUAACGUGAGUGUUCAGUCUUUGUAGGAUAAAGUUGAAGUAGAUUGCGCAACUGAAAGUUGUAUUCUGAAAUAAUUUGUUGUGCAUAAAAGGAUGUUUCGAUCUUUCAUUCA